GUGAUUGCUACCCGGACUGUAUUGACACAAACACCUUUGUGCAACCUAUAAAAAGAGCACUCACUUGUACUCAAUUUGUAGUUGAUCUUGGGUAAUGGCAGAUGUUUUAACAUAUACAUUCACAAAGUUUAUGUCACAGUCGGGCUCAAAGAAGGACUUCAGGGUGACUCCCCCAGCACCGACACAAUGCAAGGUCCUAAUAGUCGGAGAGCAAGAUCUCGGACGCUCCGUGUUGCUUCUAUCGGCUGUUACAGCUGCCUCUCAGAUGGGCGUAAGGGUGGUGUUCUUCGCUCGAAAGCAAAUCCAAAGCUUGCCAGUGUCUUUGCAGAAUUGUGUACCAUGUCUGACCCCGGAGAGUCUUAAGAAAAUCAAAUUCUGCUACCCGAGGACAUUGGAGGAGUUGCUCCAACAAGUGGCAGGCCUUCACGAGUCCACCAACACAUUUCCUACUCCUCCGUCACUGAUCAUCGUAGACGGACUGGAGGACUUUGUGUGGGGACAUGCAGUUGACAUCCACAGUGGGGAGCAGUCCUGCACUGCACAUCUCUCAUCAUUGUUGUGCGACACAGCGACUUUUCUCACUGGGAUCCUUGAGCAGCAAACGGCUAGCUCUGCCCCCUGUCGUGUCAUCGCCUCUUAUAAGCCAAAAGAGCAAAUUGACGAAUCCUCUGUCUCGGAUCAAGUCCUGGACACGCUUGAUCGCUAUUUUGAGGUACGAUGUACCCUGGACCAAGACAGAAGCUACAAAGCUGAAGCAGCUGGACUGAAGGAAGUUUGGAACAUUUACUUUUCUGGAACUGCUAUCACCCUUGAACCUUGUACCGAAGAAACUGGGGUCAGGCCAAGUUUAGUCCAAGAGUGGCAGUUGUUAAUAUUCCCUGAUGGUUUAAUGGAGUUUCAGUUAGUUUGAGCACAGUUUCAUCAGAUCAGGAUAAUCUGAGAGCCACUUUUUCAUGUUAAAUUGUCAACUGGGUCGCAACAUACUCUGAUUGGAAUUUUGUACUUACGUUUGACUCUAUUCAGCAACAUAAGAGUGAUUCCUAAACAGUCUCCACAAACUGUUAUGCUUAAAUUACAGAACUGCUGGUUUUUGACCAUUUAUUUCCAGAUAAUUAUUUGACCUGUCAAUAUCAUUUAUGCAGUAAAACGAUGACCACAUUACCAUAGCAACUGGUUAAAAGGAGACUGAAGGAAGCGCUGUCAUUUCACCCUGAAACAAACAAUAACUAAAAGAGCCUGCGGUAACAGCCUAGAAAAGCACCACAAAAGAUGAAUACAAAGGUUUGGUGAUGCAAAUAAUUGUCUGGUAAUUAUUGCAUUGCAAUAUAUUUUAACAAUACCAUUUACAGCAGCUUUUGGUGUUUUGUUACAAAUAUGUAAUACUGUCUAUUAAGUCUGGUAUCUGAUCCAUAUGUAAAUUCAGUGCCACGAAAUAAAAGUUGAAACAUUG